CGAGGCUCCGCCCACUCACCGACUGUACGGUGGAUGUGUCUCGGCAGCAGCAGCAGCAGCAGCAGCAUCAACCGCAGGGCUUGUUAAAGGCGCUUUUGUAACCUCGUUAAUCCGCUCUGAUGUCACGGCGCGGAGGGAAAGCUCAGUUCACCGCUCUAAUCCCAGCCAACGUCCCUUGAACAACAGGAGCCGGGCCGAACGAACCUCAUUUAACCGAGCCGAGGAGGGCAGACAGCGGGCAUAGCAGCGAUGAUGACCGCAGCGGUGGCAGCUGGAGGAGCCGGGCCUCUGCUCCACUGACAUACAAACAGAGUCUGACAUGACUGUGGUUCUUUCAGGAGUCAAAUUAAAGGUGUUAUGAAAGCUGGAGCUAAAUUGUGCCUGAACCAUGAGCCACAACUACCAGGAAGAGGCAUCAAAGGAGGUUGUGGAGGAACAAAAGAUAACAGUAAGGAACCGCCAACCCAAUGGUCCAGCGCGCGGAGAAGCUCCUCCUGUUCGUCGGUCCUGGAGGCCAUGUCAGAUAAACCAAGAUGGGGAACUGAACCUCCACCACCAUCACCAUGAGCAUCAUCCUCCUCCACACCACCACCACGCCCAUCACCUCCCAGCUGGUCGUGGACCUUCUAGGCAUCGCCGGCGACCACCUUCAGCACAAGGUCAAAGCCAGGUUCAAAGUCCUGGUUCAGCUCCUGUAGUGAUGUCUUCUCGGACUGGUGGAGGAGAAGUUUGGAGUGCCGAUCAUCUUCCUGUACCACAACACCGCCCUGCGGUCACUCGCUACCGCCGGCAUGGAGACCCAAACCCUAGACUCAAAGGUCACAGGCAGAGGCAGCCCAACAAUGAGAAGCAGGAGAUCUUGCACGGUGUGGAUGAGCGAGGAGUUCCAGUAGAACCUCCGGUGAAUGAUUAUCCCACAAGAGAAGAACCACUGGACCAAGGUUCACCUCACCAGACUCCUAUUGCUGUGGUUACGCCCACUCACCUCUGCACUGCUCCUGCAACCCAGAACGUGCAACCUCAUCCCCAAGAAACCCCGCCUGCUGAGGUGGAGGAGAACUUUCAAGAUCUCCAGAACACAAAAGCUGACGAGGUGGUGAAAGUGGAUAAAGAUGGUGAAGGAGAGAAGAUGAAGGACGACGAAUCUCGCUGCUCAACUGCUUUAGACGUUAGCUUCAACCAGGACAGUGUUGAAGAAGCCAAUAUUGGUGCUAAAGAACGCACUGAGAGCAUGGAAGAAGAACCCUCGGAAGUGCUGGAUGAUGCGGCCACCGGUGUUCCUGCAGCAGGAAGUGAAAUCAACGACCUCUGUUCUGACACUGAGAGUGCCGCCUCCUUGAGUAUGGACGGACCUCUGCACAGCCCACCACCGCUUCAUUCACCAACGCCUCCAUCUUCCCCCGAUGUGCCAACGUUCCCUCAAAUCGACCACUUCAGCGAGGAGCCCAGUAUGAGCCCCGUCCUAGACGAUGACCAACCGGAAGACGAGGAUCGAUCCGAGUCCACUUACUACACCGACUCGUACCCCAAAACCUAUGCGGACUUUUACUCAGAGUCCCACCAAAAGUCCUGCCCGGAGUCCGUCUACACGGUGUACGCUGAGACUAAACCUCAUCCGACCUCAUUUCCCGAACCUCUCAAGACCUCGUACUCUGAGGCAGCAAGAGAUCCAUGCUGGCAGCCAAAUCAAAGAACUGGUUGUGAUGACCAGUGUCAUCAAGAGACCUUUACGAAGCAGACUGAAGAAACUCCAACAAAUAAAGUGUCUUCGUUUUCCCACACCAUGGACUGUAGUCCAACACCUUGGCAAGUCAAGAAUCGUGGUUCCCAUUUCUCCCCUCCGGACCGCUCUGUUGGCUGCAGGCUGCAUCAUUACGAUGAAGAGUCCGAUGAGGAUGAUAGUAGUGGAGGAGGAAGAAGCUUUGGUCAAAAAAGUCUCCGAUUUGAACCGGGACAAUCGGAACGCCAGGACAUGAGUCCGUUAUCUGGACAGAACAGCUCAGGCGAUGCCAUCAGUCUAGCCAUCAAAGACAUCAAGGAGGCCAUUGAGGAGGUGAAGACAAAGGCCGUCCCUUCUCCAUAUACUCCAGACUGUCCUGAGGAACCCAUCUGGGUCAUGAGGCAGGAGGACACCUUCUCACUGCACACUGACCAGUCCUCGUCCCAGUCGGACUCCGAGGCUCCGUAUGUCUCAUGUCCAGCUCGGGAAAACGCCAGUCCCAAAAGGCGAGAGACCUGCAGGUCAACGCAUCCUUCAAACUAUCAACAGCCUCAGCACCAGCUGCAGCUCCACCAUCAGCACCCGAACCAGCACACUCAAGAACAGCAGAGGGACACACUGAGGUCUCCGCUGAUGUGUCAGAAGCAGCAGCAGCAGCAGCAACAGGCUGAACAUCAGCAUCCGCAGCCUCAGCAUCAUCCACAAAGGCUGCAUGAUCAGCCCCAGACACAUCCUCCUUCUGCGCCGCCGCCGCCGCAGCAGCAGCAGCAGCAGCAGCAGCAGAUGUCUGUGCAGGAGAUUCGCAGAUCUCUUCCUUCCUUUCCUACCUUUGUGGAUGUGCUCGGACCUUGUGACCCAGAAGACCUGAUUGAUGGCAUCAUUUUUGCUGCCACCUACCUGGGCUGCACACACCUGCUGUCGGAACGAACGCCGUCAAAAAGUGCGAGGAUGCAGCAAGCGCAAGAGGCCAUGAGCAGAGUCAGGGCUGCUCAGAAACAGGCCAAAAACAAGAAAAAGAGUCCUGACGCUGAGGCUUCAUCCACCACUGAGGUUGAUCUCUUCAUGUCCACACAGAGGAUCAAAGUCCUUAAUGCAGACUCUCAGGAGUGUCUAAUGGACCUUCCUCUCAGAACCAUUUCGUACAUCGCUGACAUUGGGAACAUGGUGGUUCUGAUGGCUCGGGGGAAGAUGGUCCGUUCUCACAGCGCUCAGGAAAACCUGAACCAGUCGUCCGAGUCCAGCUCUGCUCAGGACGACAGACGUCUCUACAGGAUGAUCUGCCACGUCUUCGAGUCGGAGGACGCCCAGCUGAUUGCUCAGUCCAUAGGUCAGUCCUUCAGUGUGGCCUACCAGGAGUUCCUCAGAGCGAACGGCAUUGACCCUGAGGAUCUGAGUCAGAGAGAGUACAGUGAUCUGCUCAACACUCAGGACAUGUACAACGAUGACCUCAUACACUUCUCCAAGUCUGAGAACUGCAGAGACGUUUACAUAGAGAAGCAGAAGGGCGAGAUCCUGGGAGUGGUGAUCGUAGAGUCCGGCUGGGGCUCAAUACUUCCCACUGUCAUCAUCGCCAGCCUCAUGCAUGCCGGCCCUGCAGAAAAGUCUGGACGACUUAACAUUGGGGACCAGAUCAUGACAGUAAACGGGACCAGUCUGGUUGGUCUGCCACUCGGCACGUGUCAGAGCAUCAUCAAGGGACUCAAGUCCCAGUCCAGGAUCAAGCUGAACAUUGUCAGGUGUCCCCCCGUGACCAUGGUUUUGAUCCGUAGACCAGACCUUAGAUAUCAGCUGGGCUUUAGCGUCCAGAAUGGAAUAAUCUGCAGUCUGAUGAGAGGAGGGAUCGCAGAGCGAGGAGGGGUCAGAGUUGGUCACCGCAUCAUUGAAAUCAACAGUCAGAGCGUAGUGGCUACACCUCAUGAGAAGAUUGUCCAGAUUCUCUCCAACGCCAUGGGAGAGAUCCACAUGAAAACAAUGCCUGCAGCCAUGUAUCGCCUGCUGACCGCCCAGGAACAACCAGUUUACAUCUGAGCACCAACUUCACAUCUUCCUCCAGUCAGAUUCCUGUCAGACUCUGCAUUAUUGUCACCUGUUUGCUUUAAUCUGAACCACAGGGACCCCAACAUCUGAGCCAGCUGAAUGUUUACAUCUUCUGUUUUACAUCAAAGGAGGAAGUAAAAAAGAAUUAGUGAAAAUGAACUUUUUUUGUUAAAAUAUCCGUGAAAAUAUGAAUGUACUGGAAUCAGGCUGGACCUACAGAUGUUCUACACAAACUGCAUGUACAGAUUGGUUGAAUAAACACAGGAUUAACAAAUAAA